AUGACACGCACCUUGCUAUUUUGUGUUGCGGAGGAGGCCAAGCCUUUCAUACCUAAGGCCAUGCGCGAAUUCAGUACCGAGAAGGACGCCCCUCCUCUGUACUAUCUUGUUGAAUCGGAGAUCUGCCCGGACAAGCGAGAGGGAUUUAGAAUUGAAUUACAAGACGGCGAGACUUUCGAUUCGGAUUUCAUCAACGCCUCUAAAGAGCAAUGCCAAAAUUGGGCACUAGACAAGUGGUACCAAGCUAAAGUUAAAUUUAUCGAACCGAAUGUAAUCGCUAUCGCCGAUGAGCGAAGCGCCCGAGACGGUACUCUACUUAUGAGCUUCUACUACCCGGUAGUCAGCCCGGAAGAGCCUACUUUCGAAUUUGACGGAUGGGGACCUCUCCCUCCAAGGGCCAACACCUGGUAUGACUUCAGAAUUGAUCGUCGUGCAGCUGAUGAGUUCCAUGGCUCUCUUAUGUGGGCCUCACGGGAGUCUGCCUAUCCGAUCUACUUUGGAUGCCCAGAGAAAUUUACGGAUGGAACUGGCAUCUUCGACGUGUUCAAAGCUGUGAAAUGUAUGAAUGGCGAAGACAAUGAUGAGGAGGAAUAGAGCUCUCUAGCACCUUUCACACGACACCGACUUGUAACAUUUCUGAUUCCAGCAUGACGACGAUGCACUGUCCUUCAAAUUAUUGUAGAUAGUCACUUGUACCGUUCGCUUGUUAUUUCUACAUAGUUUGGUAGGCACCACAGCACGUAGAUACCAUGAACACGUUAUCAAUGAAAUUUGAC